AUGCGGCGGAGAGUUUUCAGACAGCGGCCGAUAUGGGGGCUUGACGCUCGUGUGAUGACAGUUGCGGAGUUGUCGAACGCAUUGGAGCUUGACGUCCACCUCAUGACAGUUGCGGAGUUGUCAAAGGCUUUGGAUCACCGCGAUCAGAAUGUGCACACGCGUGCGACAGAGGAAGCGGAGCAGGAAACUACUGUACGAUUGCAAAUGGUGGAUGUAUCUUUCGAAUCUCGACGCCGAGUGAAGUACUACAAUCAAGCAAGUUCAUUAUACAUCCGCACACCGGACUCAAAAGGGGUGCGGCGGGAUAGGAAGGAGCCGCUUCCGGACGGCGUAGGAAAGGCCAACUUUAAUUUCACCGUUAAGGGAGACUCAGUCCUCAUUCUUGAACAAACUUUCCACGGGCGUGAACAGAAUGAGAAGGAGCUCGGACGUAUAGCUGGCAAUCCCCCCGCAUUGGACCCUACUCUUGAAAGGGCACUCAUCGCCCAGGGAAGUACUUGGCUUGAUUGGAGAAGCUUGAUUGGAGAGUGA